GAGAUCCGACCUCGAUGCCCUACGACCUGAAUCCCGACUUCAGCGGUCCCAUCGUCAACGUGACAGUGGCGGUGGGCAGAGAGGCGAUCCUCAGCUGCGCCGUGACAGAUCUGGGACACUACAAGGUGGGAUGGAUGAAGGCGGACGAUCAAACGAUAUUGAGUCUUCACACACGCGUAAUUACGCACAAUCCGAGGAUCAGCGUCACGCACGACGACGAUCUGAGGGUCUGGCAACUCAGGAUCAGACAACUCAAAGAAACGGACGGCGGCUGUUACAUGUGUCAGAUCAACACUAAUUCUAUGAAGAAGACUUUGGGAUGCAUCGAUGUUCAAG